AUGAAUGCCUGGCUCAAUGACCCUGCGACAGCGAGCAUCCAGAACGACAAUGGCUCCUUCAGCAAUGCGACCAUCGAUCCAUCGAUGGCCUUCCUCCAGUCCCCUAAUACCUCCGACCCCAGCCAAUUCCAGCGCAUGUUCAAUGGCGCGACAAGAAACAUGUCUCCAGGCUUCCAUAAUCCCAACCCAGUGAUUCCGUCUAAGAGGGCUCGCCCCGAUGACGGCUUCUCCAUGUCCCCAAGACAGGCUCCUGGCGCCCUUCCUGGCUCCCGCUCGCAAACACCCCAUCAGACGCCUUUCCCCGGUUACCCCGAUCCCGUCAACGGCACGCCGCAAUUUGCGCAACAGCCUGCGCCUACCCCUUACCAACAUUUCCAGCCAGGUUCUAACAAUCCGAGUCCAUCUCCUAUUCUCCAAGACUUUGACCCACAGAUUUCUCAGAGAGUGCAGACGGCAUCUCCAAGUCCCUUUUCGCCCGCUGGAGUUCACGUUGCCUCACAGAUAUCACCCACACACUCAGAUCACGGAAGUCGCGUGAACACCCCGCAAACCAACACCUUUGGACAAACUCAGCCGUACGUGCAGCCAUCUGGACCACAGUACUCCCCGACAGCCCCAAUAAGCUCCUCCGGCGCCCAUCCCGCAAUGCAGGCGCAAUACGCUCAGAACAACCCGGCAAUGAUGCAAAACUAUUCGGCCCAACAGAUCGCUUCACAGCAACGGAUGUAUCAAAUGCAGAUUCAGAAUCAAGCCCUGCAGUUUCAAUCUCCCAAUGCGCCAGCGGCCGGAAGGCCCAUGGUGGGUGGGGUCAAUGCCAUAAACAAUCCUCAAGCCGCUGCGAUGAGGCACUUGCACCAGAGUAUGGCGAAGCCCUCUAACCCAGAGAGUUUUCUGCGCGGACUGCAGAGGUUUAUGAUGGCACGAGGACAACAGCUUGACCUUAAUCCUAUUGUGAGCGGACGACCAAUCCAUCUGAUGCAGCUCUACGCUGCCGUAAUGAGGCUUGGUGGGUCGAAAAAACUCACUGCGAUGAACGGCUGGCCAACGCUCGCACAGCAAUUACAGUUUCCCGCGAUGCAGUAUCCAACAGCAGCGCAGGAAAUUCGAGAUGUGUAUCUUCGAAACCUGGCUGCUUACGAACAAGUCUGGCUGAGUUCCCAACAAAAACACGUAGAUCCAGCACAAAUGGGUAUCCAGCGUCCCGGUGAUCCUUCGACCAUUCCACAACCGAUGGCACCCAACAAGACGAUGCCUCAAUCCUUUGACCUUCCACCGCAACUCCAGGCAGUUACCCAACCGUCCUUGCCACAACCAAAUAACGUUCAUUCAAUGCCUGUCAACGGUUUCUCCAUGGCAUCUCAAGGAAAGCCAAUUCCAAAGCAACAGCGGCCUCUGGGCCAUCAGCAUCGAUCUAGUCUUUCUCGGCCACCCGAGGCAGCGUCACCUAACGGGCAAAUGGCCCAAUUUCCUCCGGACGUCUCGGUGUCAGGUGAAAAGCAAUCAUCUCCUAUUUCAGCCAGGAAACCAGGAGUGGAUUUUGUAUCAUAUCGCCAACCUCUAGAGGACCCGUUCAAACCAACCAUUUUACCGGAGAGUGCUUUCCAUGGCCCUAUUGUAAUUGAUGAAGCUUUCCAGAUUGGAGAAGAGGUCAUGCGACUCAAACCCACCGUACCUACUUUUGGGGAACUUGGGGUAAUCGAUAUUCAUGCCCUUACUAUGAGCAUCAAGUCAGGCAUCCAUGCAGAAAUGCGAGUGGCGUUGGAUACCUUGGCGCAGAUUUCGUCUGAGCCUGCAGUACAGCUGUCCCUAGAUAACUGCGAGGACUUAGUGGAAACAUUGGUGGACUGCGCCGAGGAUCAGCUCGACCUUCUCGCGGACAAUGCUGCAGAGGUGUCCGAUGUUAUGCUUCUUCCUUCUUACGAGGAGAUCGUUCGCGGAUGCAGACAAGAAAUGGAAAUGCUGCUUGACGUUCCAGAGUUUGGAAGCCUGGAUUACGAGCUUGACCGUGCAGUAGACCGGUUAAUAUGCAUCACGACACUCCUGAGGAAUUUCUCCUUUGCCGAGUCGAAUUUCAGCUUGCUCUCGAUGCCUCAUGUCGUCAAGUUCAUGGCAACGGUCGUACGAUACUUAGGCACGAGGAAUAUGCUGCUACGAACACAUCAAAAUACCCUUGACUUCAUGAAAGACGCUGUCAUAUAUCUGAGCAACAUAGCUCAUACCAUACAUCUUCCUGGAAAAGAAGAAGCGCUAUCUCUUUUACAUUUUCUACUCUCCUUUGCUCCAACUCCCCCUUCAAUGGGACCCGAUGGAAUCAUGUUUGCCCCAUACGACCCAAGCAUACAUAGGUAUCUACCAGCUGCUGUGGAUACACUUGCAAAGCUUCUUGCGCGGGAUGAUCCCAACCGGAUGUACUUGAAAUCCAUCUUCUCCCAAGAGAACCCAUUGUCCCCGCCGAACGAUCUCCUGACGAGGAGUUUUGCGAUGUCUAUUGCCCCAAUACCCGAGCAAACUAAGGGAAACGUCAUUGCACUAGCGGAUGUUAGAAAGCCAUUCCUGAUGCAGGGACUACUCUCUGCCGAAAUUCUAGCGGGCAUAGCAGACAAUGAGCUUGCCUGUGCGUGGUUCAGAUCUGCCGAUGGAUUUGCGGCUAACUUGCUGCGGUUGGCUUGUGUACUUAGUGCUGAUCGCAACCCACCUGGACCACAGCGGCAUGGCGCAGCUGCUCGUGCAGCAGAGGCUGAUCUAUAUUGGCACAGCACAAUCAGCAACCGUGCGCUAACAGUACUAAGUCAGUUGGCUGAGAAGUCAAACAAGUCCAAUGGGGCAUCAAAACUUCCUCUGGGUAUAUUUCCUAAAAAGGAGAAUCUUCUGGGUGCUCUUCUUACUCCGAAUGUUGAUCCAAAUGUCAUUCGCCAAAUGUGUGAAUAUGCAGGCUUGGGUGGUUGA